AUGUCUACGCAAAUUGCAACCUUCCUGCUCAAACAGGGAGGCAGUCUAUUAUGGAAUCAUGUCAAAGGUGGGCUUUUCGGCAAGGCCAAAGACCAAAUGGCCGAGUUGCGCGAGGCGCAGCAGAAACUGCUGAACAACAUGACGUCCAUGCAUUUCGAAGGCCUCAUUUGGAACUCGAUUCAGAAGGUCGAGUACUGGACUAAGGAGAUGGAGAAGGCGCUCAAAGCGGAGAAUAGUGUUAGAGAGAAAAGUGGGAAUAAGGAGCCGCCUAUGCCGUUCUUGACGAAGGACAUGACAAAGCUCGUCGACGUAAUCGGCAGCUAUGACGACGGUGUCGGCUUCCAGAUCGACAACAUCAUCGCAGGUGUCACGGGCAAGAACGCGCUCGUGGGGAAAGGCGGACUGAUUGGUGCUUGGAACGUCUCAGCACUGGACAAGCUCUGCAACAUGGACGAUCUCGGCUACACGAUCAAGGACUACCUCUGGGAGAUUGAGGCAAAUCUGACUUUAGUCGCAAACUUCCUACGGGACGCCCAUGAGCUUCGAGCCCUGGUCGCGGAUGACGACUCCAAACGCACAGAAUGGGCCACCGAACUAUCCACCUCCAUCACAAAAAUGCAAGAACAAGCAUGGAGCAUCUUCCCCACCGCCUUAAAAACACUCAAGCCCUCUUACACAAGUCAAUUCCUCCCCGAAUCCCACUGGUGGCGUCUCGAAUACAGCAAAGACCGCGGAACUUACGUGUCCAUGCGGUAUCCCUUCUACCGCGGGUCCCUCGUCGAACGUGCGACGACAGGCCCCAACCCCCGCUCAGAAUGGCGCUUCGCCAGCGCCCUUGCAAAGCUUAACGCAGACGGCGUAGUCGACGAGUCAGACAAGAAUGUCUCCCGGCUCGUUCGGCUGCGCUCCCGCAAAGGCGAGGAUUUCUUCGGGUCAAAAGUUCAAGUCGGAUUUUGCGUAGAGAAAGAAGACGCGUCCAGUUUCACGCCUGUCGUUAUUAAGAUCGUCCCCGUGCGGGAUACGCCCGAGGCGAAAAUCCAGCUUGCGUUUAAGCGCCAAAGCACGGCGGAGAUGGUUCGGGAGAAUGCGGCGUGGAAGUAUUUUGGGCCGGGGUUUAGCGAGGAGUUUGUGUUGAGGGAUGAGGGGGUGGAUCAGAGUGAUUAUGUGGCGCCGGUGGAGGAGGGGAGUAAAUGUGUGGUUAUGUAG